AUGUGGCUGUCGCAGCGCAAAGAGAGCGACGUCUACGACCGGGUGUCCUUGGCACAGUUGAGGCGCGAGUACACCUCCGACACGGAGAAGGCUUUCCUGGAGAACUUGAUUGCCAGCAGUCAGGAGGGUGUGCCGCACCCGCAAGCGCCGGACGACCCUGAGAUGCGGUUGUACCGG